UAGAAAAUGGCCGCGUUUCUCCUCCCUGCCCUCGGCUUCAUCGCCGGCCGCGGCUGCCAGCGCUUCGGCUUGCCUCACGCCACGCGCUCCGGGCCGUGGUGCGCCGCUGACGCAUCGUCACCUCAAGCGGCGCUGCUCAGCAAGAUGCAGGCGAUGCUUGAGAGCGGCGCGACAGAGUCCGCGCUGCUCGCGCUGCUGGAGAAGGAGCAGGUCGGGCCGGCCGAGUGCGGCGCACUCCUCGCCGACAUUGCGCGCCUUCGCGAGGAGGGCUCCCUGCCGGACGCGGGCGACGGCGAGUUGGGCGAUAUUGACCUCUCGUUUGGCGUUGAGGAGGAGGAGGAGGCGGAGGAGGGCGUGAUCGACCUCGAGCCGGCCGCGGUGGCGCCGACGCCAACGCGCGGCGAGCAGCCGUGGGGCCGAUGGGAGAAUGGCGAACGGUGUGCGAGCGUCUCUCUCUACCUCGACGACGCCGUCAAGGGGCGCGACGUCUGCUGCGAGGUGGUGGAGGGCUGGCUGCUGAUCCGAAUCGACGAGUCGCGCGAGGUGUUGUACGAGGACGGAGUGUGGGGCGGAGAGGAGGAGACAGCCUGCCCAUCGCCCGCGCGCAGCCCCCCACGCCACCGCCCGCCGCCGCGCGCCACGAGCGACCGAAGUCUCGCUGAUGGGGCAUAUCUCCCCAUAUCUCCCCUGAUUGUCGUUGACCGGUCCGCCCAUACCCCCCAUAUCUCCCCAUAUCUCCCCUGAUUGUCGUUGACCGGUCCGCCCAUACCCCCCAUAUCUCCCCAUAUCUCCCCACAUCUCCCCACAUCUCCCCACAUCUCCCCACAUCGCCCCUGAUGUCGUUGACCUGCCGCCCGCCCGCUCCCCGCGGCGAUGAGGAAGCAAACAACUCGUUAGAUAGGGACAGAUGACGCGUAAAAGCAGAUG